GCGUUGUUAAACAUUCUAGCAUCGCAGUGAUGUAUGUUUACACCAUAAUAUUCGCUCUUGCUCUGCAUCUGACAUGCUCGAAGGCAUCUAACGAUUGCAAGGACGAGGAUAUAAAAUUAAUGAGCAAAACCAUAAGUUCACUUAUAAUAGAAGAAAACGUAAAACUGACAAAACUGAUGCAGCAACUAAAAAGGAAAGUUAAAGCGUUAUCCGAUGAUGUGUUGGGAUUUAAAGAAAAAUUACAGAGUGUAAUCAAGAAUGUUCCAACAACAGAACAAACACCAGCGCCCACUACUCCACAAACACGUCUU